AAUCCACCGUCAACAUCAAUGGAAACAUCAGGGGCACCAAACUAUAAAACAAAAUGGAAUCAUCGCCAUCCCAUCUUCUUCCAAGGGUAUUAUCUUCUCAAAGCCAACACCAUUGCGGCGGUACCCAAGCGAGGACUGCACAAGCAUAAUAUACAGGAGUAUAAUUUCUUAACAGCCUAGCAGCUUUCUUCCAUUUGAGGCAAUUAAGUCUGUGGCUAGCUAGAUAGCAUUUGAAGUAGGUUUCAGUGGCAAUGGACUCAAAAAAAGCAAUUUCUUUUUCAAAGGGGUUAUUGCAGAGUGAAGAAUUAUAUCAGUAUGUCCUGGAGACCAGCGUGUAUCCACGUGAACUAGAGCCUCUCAGAGAGCUAAGGAUGCUUACUGCUACCCACCCAAGGGCCAUGAUGGCUACUGCACCAGAUGCUGGUCAGUUGAUGGCAAUGCUCUUGAAGCUAGUAAAUGCACAAAAAACAAUUGAAGUGGGAGUUUUCACUGGGUACUCCCUUCUCCUCACUGCUCUUUCAAUUCCUAAGGAUGGAAAGAUUACAGCCAUAGAUGUGAAUCGGGAGGCUUAUGAAAUAGGAUUACCAAUUAUAAGAAAUGCUGGUGUUGAACACAAAAUUAACUUCAUAGAAUCAGAAGCUCAACCGAUUCUUGACAAGCUAUUAGAAGAUCAUGGAAAUGAAGGCAGUUUUGAUUUUGCUUUUGUUGAUGCUGACAAAGUCAAUUACUGGAACUACCACGAGCGGCUAAUGAAAUUGUUAAAGGUGGGGGGAAUAGUUGUCUAUGACAACACACUAUGGGGAGGGACAGUUGCUUUGUCAGAAGAGUCUACUCCAGAGAAUAUGAAAGCAGGCAGGCAAGUUACAAUUGAAUUUAACAAAUUGCUUGCAGCUGACUCCCGCGUCCAAAUCUCACAUGCUCCAUCGGGUGAUGGGAUCACAAUUUGCAGGCGAAUCUACUGAAUAUCCGCCUGAUACUCGCUUUUGCUACUGUGUGAAUGCUAGGAGUGAAAGCUUAAUAAGAGCCAUUUUACUCCGUGAUCACAAGAUAUAAUAAUAUCGUGAAUGAAAUUCUGACUACCAUUUUCUGGUUGAUUCGGCUGAAAUGUCUUGAAAUAUAAAACUUUGCUAUUUGGUUUGGAUUGAA